AUGGCACCAAAAGCGCUGAUAGUGUUGGCCCCGGGAUCUGAAGAGAUGGAAGUGGUUAUAGCGGCCGCUGUGUUGGUUAGAGCGGGGGUGUCGGUGACUGUGGCCGGUCUGGAGGGCCAAGUGGUGCACAAAUGUCGAGUCCACGUAAUGAUAGCGCCGGACGUAUCGCUGGAGUCGGUGAAAGACCAGGCGUUUGACGCGCUUAUAUUGCCCGGCGGUCUAACCGGGUCGGAGCGGUUGGUGGCCAGUCCUCUGGUCGGCCACAUAUUGCGCCGACACGAGGUGUCCGGUGCCCUCAUAGCGGCCAUAUGUGCGGCCCCGACAGCACUCAAAGCACAUGGUGUUGGACUCAAAAAGCGGAUCACUUCCCACCCAUUCGUUGCCGAUCAGCUCCGGGAGCACUACUCAUACAGUGAGGAUAGGGUUGUGAUCGACGGACAGCUUAUCACGAGUCGAGCCCCGGGAACGGCCUUCGAGUGGGCGCUCGCUAUCGUUGAGAAUCUUGUGGGCAAAGAGAAGGUGGAAGAAAUAAGACCCCCGCUGUUUCUCUAA